CAAGAUUAUUACAAUUCCAUUUUUUUUGGUAUUUCUAUUUCUUUCUUCUCUUUUCCAUUAAUCUUUUUCAAGUUUUGUCUUAAUUGGCUUGAUAAGUUUCUCACUUUUCCCUCCCUAUAGAAUUCUGAUCACCAAUUUACGUACGGACAGAAAUAUAAAGGUACGUAUAUUUUCACAUCAAACCAUUAUGACAAGUGAUAAAAUGAGUCAUCCAAGCCACCCGGAGCACCCCCUUCAGAAGGUCAAUUAUCAAAAUGAAUACACAUGUGACGGCUGCAAGAUGAAGGGCACAAGAGAAAGAUAUAGAUGUGAAAAAUGUGACUUUGAUUUACACAUCGAUUGUGUUACAUGCCCUAAUAUAACUGUUCAAGGGCAAAACUGUCAAUUUCUAGAAAAGCCCCGUCUAGGAAUUCACUGCAAGAAGGUUGAUUGCACAGAGUGCAGGAGCUGUGACGCGUGUGGAAUGACGAUUAAGGGCUUCGUCUACCAUUGUCGAACAACAGACUGGGAUUUUCACCCUAGAUGUGCUAAGUUGGAGGAUCAAAUUACAAUUGACGAUGUCAUGUUUAGGCUUGAGAAACAACAACCAUCUUCUUGUGCAUGGUGCAAUAAGAAGCGCCUCAAAGGUGGCUAUAAGAAAAUUCCAGGAUGGUCAUAUGUAUCGAAUAAAAAUGAUGGUUAUAAUUUUCACGUCUACUGUGUGAUGGAAAUGGCCAUGCAAAACUUGUCUUCGGCAUUGCAAGCAAUGAAUCAACCUGAAGUUAAAACCAAGUCCAAGAAAUUGUCACACGGUUUGAGUUCUACAAGCAAUAAGUGGGUGAAUGUACUCAAGGCUUUUCUUGGAGCUGUUUUCUCCAUUCUUCUUGGAGAUCCAACAACACUUAUCGGUUCAACCAUGGCUCAUCUUGUCAUUCAAGGUCUUUUACAGGCUGGAUCCAUUUGGUAACUGAUGAUAAAUGAUACUUCAUCUGUUCCACAAUAGAUGCAUCAUAUCGUUUCUCAUUUGCACACUAUUCAUCAAUCAACUUUGACAAUCAUUAUUUCACUGUUGUGUAAGAAAAAACAUAGUCAAGUGAGAUCUUGUUAAUUUCGUAUUAAUGCAAGGAUUCCAAAUAUCAACUUUUUAUAAUUUUUACUUAUACAUAUUUAGUGAUAUUAAUGUUUAAAUAAGCGUGUUGGCAUA